AUGGAAGUUGCGGACAUAUUGAGUGAUUUGAUAGAUGAGAAGGAUUGGGAUGAAAGCGGAUCGUCUCAACCUCGCGGACUUCACCGCAGCGAUUUCGUUUCCAGCGUCGGACAGCAUAUGAAGACAACGAACGGAGUGCCGAUUACGUCGCCCAAGCGAACUUUGAGCUAUGAAAUACUCAAUCCUGAGAGGAGGCGAAAAGCGCCUUCCCGGACAUUGGCAGCCCUACCCAUUAUCGGUAGGUCAUAA